CGCGUUCCUUCUCAGUUUCCCGACUUAUACAACUUGAACUGUACAUAUAUUCAUACUGUCCGUCACCUGGAGACGCCAUCAGUCCGAUGUUCAUAAAUUCACUUGGUAUAGAUACUUACUUUCACAAGAUCAAACGAUACCCAAAAUAAAAUUUCAUUUAUUUUUUUAUUUUCAUAUUCAUUCUUCAUUUGACUUGUCGCAUCGAUUGUCUCCAUUUCUCAACAUGAUCUCACCUCAAAGGUCACGCCAAAGGAUCAUCACAGGCAAUUGGACACAUUCUUUCGCUUGGACCAAAACCCAACAUAAGCCAAUAUAACCCAGCAUUCAUCUCAAACUUAUUUCAACAUGGGAAGCCGCCUCGAGAAUAAUUCAAAUGCCGUACGAAAGCGCAUAAGCAGCCAUGCAUUUUCCGACGAAGCCGGCGAGGAGUACGAACCUAGCAAAUUCGGAGGAUUUGGAGAUUACUUCCGUCGUAAGAAAAUCAAGUUGCAAAAUCUUGAUUCUGAAUUACGAGCUUCGUCUACUGAAAAGCCUCAAAUAUUUAAAGGGGUUGUCGCGCAUGUCAUAGGCUAUACCCAGCCUCCACUUCCUGUUCUUCACCGCGAACUAGUUCAACAUGGCGCUGGGUUCCUUCAGUACUUAGAUUCUAAGACCAUGGCAACUCAUAUCAUCGCCUCCACUUUACCGCCAAAGAAGAUGGUUGAGUAUGCCAAGUACCGAAUCGUGAAGCCUGCUUGGGUUACAGAAUCCAUCCAAGCUGGCAAGCUUCUUCCCUGGUCUGAUUACCGAGUCAUAGAGGAUACUCCCAGGCAAAAAACCCUCAAGUUACAUGAAAAUGGGAUAUCUACCCAAUCCAGUACACCCCAGUCACCGCUAGUAGGAUAUCGCGAACAAACCGAGAAGAGUUUCUACACAAGUCAACUCAGGGGAGUUGCGCAAUCUAGCAGUGGCCAUCAUCGUAAAUAUUCUAGUUCCAGUCGACUAGACUCAGUUGUACAAAACCAGAAUGACUAUGGGGCUAGGUUCAAGAACACUAAAUAUUCUACAUCGUCACUGGAACCGCAAGGCACGCCGAGUGGAACUGGUAAAUCAGAGGAGGAUACAGUGAUGCUAGUCGAAUACGGUGAACCUGCAGACACGGGUCCAGCUAGAAGACCAAGAUCCCGGGAGAAGGAUGAGAUAGAAGAUGAGGAUGAAGUUCAGCCCGAACCAUCAGCAGAACAACCAAAGGCAAUGACUUCCGAGAAACAUAACGAGAUCCUACUUCAAGAUCCUCGGAUGAGGAAGUCUUCUACAGCAAACCCGGAUUUCAUCCAGCAGUACUACUCCGAAAGUAGACUUCACCAUCUGUCAACAUGGAAAGCGGAGCUGAAGUCGAAGAUGCAAAAACUUGCAGCUGAAAAGGGGUCCCAAACGAAGCUGCCAAAGAGGAAACCGGGCGCGAGGCGAUACAUCAUGCAUGUUGACUUCGACAGUUUCUUCUGCGCCGUCUCCUUGAAAGGUCAUCCGGAAUUCGUCGACAAGCCCGCGGUUGUAGCACACGGCACAGGCACCGGGUCGGAAAUCGCAAGUUGCAAUUAUCCAGCCAGAAAGUUCGGUGUAAAGAACGGCAUGUGGAUGAAGCGAGCCAAGGAAUUGUGCGCCGACAUCAAGGUUCUCCCGUAUGAUUUUCCAGCAUACGAAGAGGCUAGCAAGCAGUUCUACGAGUGCAUCUUGGAAGUGGGUGGUGUCGUACAGAGCGUCAGUAUUGAUGAGGCUCUGGUAGACAUCACCUCCGUAGUCCUCCUUGCAGUCGGGUCAGAUGGUUCCGGAGUUGACGAAGGCAGCAUUUGGAGAGAACAAGAAAAAGCCGACCAGCUUGCGCUCGCUUUACGAAACCAAAUCAAGGAAAAGGCUGGGUGUGCCGUUUCGGUUGGCAUUGGUGCUAAUAUUCUAUUAGCAAAGGUCGCUCUUCGAAAAGCUAAGCCGGCCGGUCAGUACCAAAUCAAGCCGGAAGAGGUCCUAGAUUUUCUAGGGCCGUUAAAAGUUGACAGUCUACCCGGAGUCGCAUAUAGCAUCGCUGGGAAGCUAGAGGAAAUCGGAAUAAAGCUCGUAAACGAUAUCCGACAAGCCACCAAGGAACGCCUAGUUACUACUCUUGGGCCAAAGACUGGGGAGAAGCUUUGGGAAUAUGCUCGAGGGAUUGACCGUACUGAGGUUGGCGAACAACCAAUACGAAAAUCCGUCUCAGCCGAGGUUAACUGGGGUAUCCGCUUCAUCAACCAGGAGGAGGCAGAGGAGUUCGUGCACAACUUGUGCAAAGAACUAGAAAAGCGUCUACUCAAUGAGCAGGUCAAGGGUAAGCAGCUUACGAUGAAGAUCAUGCGCCGUUCACUUGACGCACCGCUCGAUCCACCGAAACAUCUGGGACAUGGCAAAUGUGACACCUUCAACAAGAGCGUCAUGUUUGGUGUCGCGACCAACGAUCACCACAUACUAGGAAAGGAGGCGGUCUCAAUCCUUCGCUCAUACAAAUUUACCCCUGGGGAUCUUCGCGGGCUGGGUGUACAGUUGACCAAACUGGAGCCCCUGAAAACUUCGUUGGCCGGUAAUGACGGGAGUCAGAAGAAGCUAAGCUUCGGGACCUUUAAAGUCCCUGGCGCGAAGAAAUCGGCCCUAGAGUCAAUACAGGACGAAGAUGUUGCGGAUGAAGUGACUUCAAAGCAAGGACGACGCAAAUCGUCUGAUCCAAUCGACGAGAGCCCCUUGACUCCCCGAAAACCCAAGCCAGAUACUCAGCACCCAGCACUUGCUAUGGUUCGAGCAAGAGAAGCAGACUCUAAAGCAAACACGCUCCUGAAUAUUGGCGGGACUCAAUUCCUCAUGCCAUCUAACCCCGAUCCUACUGUACUCGCAGAACUGCCUCUGGAUAUCCGAAGCAGACUGAUGGCACAAGGCACCAGAUCCGUUUCAGAACCUCGCAGCGUGGCAGUGCCGGCUCUAGGGUCAAGGCCCCAAACCCCCAUCGAGGAAAUCCCGCCGGAGAUAGACCCGGAAGUCUUCAACGCCCUACCGGACGACAUGAAGGCCGAGGUCCUGGAACAAUACAAACCCCGCAACAGACCACCACAACCGUUGCGUCCCUCAUCACCGCGCCGAGACCGCCUCAUACAACCUCCCAAGCAAAGGACUCCCACCAAACGUCGGAUCCCCAACUUAUUCACCCGCACGCGUGAGAGACAUGCUGAUGCCAACGCCAAAGUUGUACAAACCAACAUCCUCUCCUACAAGCAACAACAGCCCAACGACAACACUGCCGGAGCAGCAGCAGCAGCAGCAGUAGCAGACCUCGACGAGAUCGACCCAACCUUCCUCGCCGAACUCCCCGAGGAAGUCCGCCGCGAAGUAAUAGCCGACCACCGGCGCCAACGUGCCCAACGAUCCGGCCUCUCCCUCCCUCCCAAACCCAAGAACCCCAAGCCCAACAACAACAACAACAACAACAACAACAACCACCCCCCACAAAGCAACACAAACACCCUCCCCUUCCCCCCACGCCCCCCCAAACUCCCCUUCACAACCUCCGCCCUGACCUCCCUCCCCGAGAUCCGCGACAUGCUCAACGUCUGGCACCGCGAGACCGCCACCGAGGGCCCGCACGGCCGAGACGUCCAGAUGCUCGUCAGCUACUUGACGCGCGUCGUCGUGGACGAGCGGGACAUGGAUAAAGCCCUAAAGUUGGUACGUUGGCUCGAGUACCUGGUCGAGGAUAGCCGUGAUAGUCGUGAUAACGAUAAUCCCCAUAAUGAUGACGACGGCGGCGGCGGCGGUGGUGGUGGUGGUGGUGGUGUUGACAACGACGAAUUCUCUCGCGGGAAAGAGGCCUGGAGAGAUGUCGUGGGACACGUGAAGAUGGAGGUGCAGAAGGCGGUGCGGUCGAGGGGUUUGGGACAGCUGGAUAUAUGAUUUAUGAGUACCUAGGUAUAUAUAGGUAUAGAAGAAUGUCCUGGGUGGGUACUUUGAUAUGAAUAAGACAUGUCCAGGUAGGAGAUCACAGUAACUACCUAAGUACAUAGUAUGAUUACCCUGUUUAUACAUAAGGUUACGAUAAUGGAAAUAUGCCAAUACAUCACGACAGUGAAAGCAACGAAAACAAUGAAAUUACCUUAGGUUCUCAAACAAAACGCAGCAGGAGGACGUAGC